AUGAGUCCAGCAGAGGAGUUUGACUGCCAAUCCUAUGGCCACGGGGCUCAUCUGGCAUCCAUCUUGGAUUCUGCAGAAGCUAAUAUCAUUGCCUCCCACAUUUCAGCCUACCAGAAGAACCAGCCGGUCUGGUCAGGACUUCACGACCCCGACCAGAUCCGCCGCUGGAAGUGGACAGACGGCUCCAUGUAUAACUACCGCUCAUGGCUCCCCAACCAACCGGAUAACAAUAAGGGACAAGAAUACUGUGGAGAGCUCUCAUGUGUGGAAAAUUUUCUAAAGUGGAAUGAUGCUUCCUGUACUUUGGUGCACCCUUAUGUGUGUAAGUUCAAGCCUUAG